AUGAAGCGCUUUAAUGUAAGCUAUGUGGAAGUGAUCAAAAAUGGGGAAACAAUCUCCAGUUGUUUCCAGCCGUUUCAAAAAAAUGAAAACUACGGUACAAUAACUUCAGCAAACGAACAGAUAACACCAGUCAUCUUCCACAAUUUGAUCAUGGACAUGGUGUUGCCCAAAGUAGUUCCUAUCAAGGGUAAUAAAGUCACCAAGAUGUCAAUGAAUCUUAUUGACGGAUUUGACUGUUUCUACUCCACAGAUGACCACGACCCCAAGACUGUGUACGUUUGUUUUACGUUGGUGGAUAUACCCAAGAUUCUGCCCAUCAGAAUACUCAGCGGGCUCCAGGUCUAUGAUUCCAAUGCCACAAACGAACUCUUGAGUUCUCAUGUAGGCCAGAUACUGGACUCUUUCCACGAAGAGCUAGUGAAAUACCGUAAUCAAACUCUAAACAGUUCUGAAAAUGGCCAAUCUAGCAACUAUAAUGGACAAGACGCCAUUACUGAUAUCGGGGACGCGACUGAAGACCAAAUAAAAGACGUUAUACAGAUAAUGAACGAUAAUAUCGACAAGUUUUUAGAAAGACAGGAAAGAGUAUCUCUGCUAGUGGACAAAACUUCUCAACUGAAUAGCAACAGCAACAAAUUCAGGCGCAAAGCUGUCAACAUAAAGGAGAUAAUGUGGUGGCAAAAAGUUAAAAAUAUUACGCUGUUGACUUUCACAAUUAUACUAUUUGUUAGUGCCGCUUUCAUGUUUUUCUAUCUGUGGUGA